GUCGAUAUUUCUUUAUCUGUCAAAAUCAUUCUUCGGUCUUUUCGUUCAUGUGUGCUUCUCGCAUUUGCAUUUUGUAAAAUUCGUAAAUUAUUCCUUUUUAAUCGUAAAAUUGCCUUUGUCAGGUUAAUUUACUAGUGAAAGUUUAUCAAAAUGCAACCUCAAAUUGUGCUGCUUAAGGAAGGUACCGACACCUCUCAGGGAAAGCCUCAGCUUAUAUCCAACAUCAACGCCUGCCAAUCUAUUGUGGAUGCCGUGCGUACUACCCUCGGUCCCCGUGGCAUGGACAAGCUGAUUGUCGAGAACAACGGAAAGGCUACAAUUUCAAACGAUGGUGCAACUAUUAUGAAGUUGCUGGACAUUGUGCACCCAGCUGCAAAAACGCUGGUUGACAUCGCUAAAUCUCAGGACGCUGAAGUCGGCGAUGGUACCACGAGCGUUGUUAUGUUAGCUGGUGAAUUCCUGAAGCAGUUGAAACCAUUCGUCGAAGAAGGUGUGCAUCCUAGAAUUAUCAUCAAGGCAGUGCGGAAAACGCUUAGCUUGUGCAUCUCCAGAAUCAACGAGUUGGCAUUCAAGAUCGAGAAACAUGACAACGAAAAGCAUCGAGCCUUGCUGGAGAAGUGCGCUGCUACGGCAAUGAAUUCCAAGCUCAUUCAUCAACAGAAGGAUUUCUUCUCCAAAAUGGUUGUCGACGCUGUUACUACGUUGGAUGUUUUACUGCCUCUGAACAUGAUUGGAAUAAAAAAAGUAACAGGCGGUGCCUUGGAAGAGUCCAUGCUGAUUGAUGGCGUAGCUUUCAAGAAAACAUUCUCAUAUGCAGGCUUUGAAAUGCAGCCUAAAUCAUACGAAAAUGUCAAGAUUGCUCUUCUUAACAUCGAGUUGGAAUUAAAAGCUGAGCGUGACAAUGCCGAAGUUCGCGUGGACAAUGUUCAAGAAUAUCAGAAGGUCGUUGACGCUGAGUGGCAAAUUUUGUACGAUAAACUGGAGAAAAUUCAUAAAUCCGGAGCUCAGGUCGUUCUUUCCAAAUUGCCCAUUGGCGAUGUUGCUACCCAAUACUUCGCUGAUAGGGAUAUGUUCUGCGCCGGACGUGUUCAAGAAGAGGAUCUUAAACGCACAUUGAAGGCGUGCGGCGGAGCAGUGAUGAGCACAGUUCAGGAUAUUGACGACAAGGUGCUUGGAACAUGUGCCCACUUCGAGGAACGCCAAGUGGGAGGGGAGCGAUUCAACAUCUUCCAAGGCUGCCCCAAUGCGAAAACGUGUACGCUGAUUCUACGAGGUGGAUCAGAACAAUUUUUGGAGGAAACCGAUCGAUCGUUACACGAUGCUAUAAUGAUCGUCAGGCGUACCAUUCGGAACGAUUCCGUCGUAGCCGGAGGCGGAGCCAUUGAAAUGGAACUGUCGAAAAUGUUACGUGAUUAUUCACGCACAAUUGCCGGCAAGGAGCAACUGUUGAUUGGCGCAUUAGCAAAGGCUUUGGAGAUCAUUCCUCGUCAGUUGUGCGAUAAUGCCGGUUUCGAUGCAACCAAUAUUUUGAACAAACUACGACAAAAGCAUGCACAAGGUUGUCAAUGGUACGGAGUAGAUAUUUUGAAAGAACAUAUUGCCGAUAAUUUCGAAGCAUUCGUUUGGGAACCAUCGGUGAUCAAGAUCAACGCUCUGACAGCUGCCUGUGAAGCCUGUUGUAUGAUCCUGUCGGUAGACGAAACCAUCAAGAGCCCAAAAUCCGCCGGCGGAGAAAUGCCUCAGGCUCCUAUGGGACGCGGAAUGGGUCGUCCAUUCUAAAAAAAUAUAUCCACUACUUAAGUUCAUACCGUUACAUCAUUAUCUUUUAGCCCUUGUAACAUUUCAUUUGACGUCAAUUAAAAAAUGAAUUGUUUGUUGCUACCUUUGUCACAUUCAUUAAUAUUAUCAUUUUAUACUAAUUCCGGCGAUCCAAUCACAUACAUACUCAACUAACAUAUACACAUUCACUUAACUUACGCUUUAUCACCAAUAAUAAACGGCUUUGUGAAAAUCUACGAAUUGUAUUAAAUACCACUCUAGAAGAAGAUGCUCGUUAGCAUUGCUUUAAUAAUACAAUAAAUACAAAGUAUCGUAUUUCUCAACGAAAACUAUA